AUUCUUUCCCACACUUUCGUUGUUUACUUUCAAUACCCACACUCGUUUCAACAGACACAGGAUGUCUCCUUCUAGCACUUUCAUCGUGGGCGCCGGCCUACUGGCCCAGCUCGCCACUGCCUACACUGUGGUCAGCGUCGGCCAGCCUUUCAUGUACAAGAAUGUUGACCCUAUCGUGUACCCUGGCUCGUACGACAAGUCCCACUUGCACACCUUCUUCGGCUCUGACGGUGUCACCGCCAACACAAACUCCUCUGCUGAGCUCGAGACCGGCUGCACCAGCGCCGAGAACCCCAACGACCUGUCUGUCUACUGGGUCCCCACCUUUCUGUACACCGCCGAUGGCACGACCUACAAGCCCGUCCCCGUCUCGCGCUUCAGUGCGUACUACAACCUUGGUGAGACACCUGCCGAAGUCGCCAUCCCCCAGAACCUGAAGAUGCUCGCCGGCUCUGCCAGCGCAACAACAAAAAGCGCCAGUCCCGCCGAUGCACAGGUGUCGUGGUUCUGCGAAGGCGACGCAGCCUCGGCCCUCGACAGCAACGGCUUCCCGUCCAAGACCUGCUCCACCCAUCUGCAGACGCUGCUGUUAUUCCCGCAGUGUGUCAACGAGGCCACGCUUGAGACAGCGUACAAGUCGGCGAGCUACGGCACGACGAACCGCUGCCCAACUGGCAUGAAGCGGAUGGCGCAGUUGCGUUUCUCCAUCCGCUACGACCUGCGUAAGGCUCUGCCCAACGGCUGGUCCGGCACCUUCCCCGGCAAGCUCGCGUGCGGAUCGGCGUGGUGCUCGCACGGCGACUUCAUCAACGGCUGGCCUACGGACGCUGCUACCAACAUGAUUGCUGCGACGGCCGAGAAGUCGCACUUCGCUGCUGUUGAAGGCAAGCUCGGAAAGCACGGCGAGACGCCCACGUGCAAGCAGGCUGACGCGGAGCCGGACAAGGGAACCAGCGACUAUGCCAAGAGUGUCAGUAUGAUGAGCAAGCGCGAGAUCGCUGCUCUGGGAUGGGUUAGCAGGACCAGGUUUGCCAAGUACUUGUAGACGGUAAAACGUCUCAAGCGAUAGCAUAUUCAUGUAUAUACUUGUCUGCGUCGUGCACACAUCGAAAUUUCGAUGGCGACAUGAACAAUGGAGUAGCUAGCCUCGACGGCCACGUACCCAAACCAAAUCCUUCUUCCUUGCGCAUC